AUGACUCGCAAAUGCCAUCAUGAUGAGGCGGGGCCUGAUAAUCCCGACACUCCGAGAGAUUGGCCCAAGGACCCCAGAGAAGUUGUUGCCAGCGACCUAGACGCGGGAACACUCGUCAAUGAAUUGGCAAAGUUGAACCUUCUGCCAAAGAUGACCAAGUUGGAUCCCCCCCAGCAGAAGGCCAUUGCGAUGAACCCGGAAAGGACAUAUCGGGGGACCCGACUGGCCUUGACUAAGAUCUACGACCUCAUAGAACAGCGUUACAUGGCCUUCACGAAUAUGACCCAGCUCGAGCCUUUGAUCCCAAUAGCUAUGACUAUGGAAUACAAACAAAAGUUUUUUGUGUUUACAAAGAGUAAAGAUGACUUUUACCCACCUCAUAUCAAUCUUGGCCUAAAUCGGGACUGGGCAGAGAACGACGAGGAAGAUUGGUACCAACGAUCAGACCUUGGGCCAUGGAGUCUUUUUUAUUGGAAGAGCCUAGGAACGUUGCAAGAAAUCAUGAAAGGUGUUUUGCCAGGGCUUACUACGAGCGAGCGUUAUAAAGGGAGCACCAUAGCGGACGUGGAAGAAUACCAGAAGAAUGCCAGGGAAAACUGGUGGUUUAAAGAUAUAUUCGAUCGUCCAAAUGUUGGCGAUUUGAAAGACUGGUACAGCGACGCCCGCGCAGAGGGCAAAGCCAAUAACGAUAAUGAGAAACGCUAUCCUUACGGUUGCGCAUCGAUGUCUAUCGUCAUUGAUUGGCGAGGUAGUCUCGAGAGAUCCGUGACAAUCUACAACCGGAAAUUAUUCAAGCGCACGAAUAUCCGAUACGCCAAGAUAUGUGUGCAAUGUAGUGACUGGUUUUGGCAUGAAGUCACCGUGCACCUCACCCGUACUCAUCUGAUUGGAAAGUCUAUAAUUGUUUCUGCUAACAGACAAUUCGAUUUCAAUCACCCUGUCUCUGAAAUCCUUCUUCUACACUCGCGGAAGACCCUGGCACUUAACGGGGCUGCCCGAGGCACCCUCUUUCCCUCCGUCAUUCUUCAGAUAAUCGGAUUCAAACAGGAGGAAGCCCUUGCGUUCAUCAGGGACGAGUACAGGAUAUUUGACUUUCAAAAUAAUUAUGUACCAAGGGACCUCCGCAGACGGGGAUUCCCUCCAGAGGAUUUGGACUCCCCAAAGUUUCACAACUAUGCCUACGCCAGAUGCAUCAACAACAUGUGGACAAAGAUCAGGAACCAUAAAUGGUGUAAAAAAAAGCGAUCUCCAGAUGGCGCUGACUUGCGAGAAUUCCCCAGUAUUACCACGUUCGCGGAGCUCGUCGAUUGCGUGACCAUGUGUAUCCACAUCGCGUCGCCUCAGCAUAGCGCUGUCAAUUACCUGCAAGACUACUACCAGGAUCUUGUGAUCAACAAGCCUUCCUGCCUUUUCGAGAAGCCUCCAACCUCACUAGAGGAUCUCCUCCAGUACACCGAGACAGAUCUUGUCAAGGCUCUCCCUAUGAACCGUUCACAUGAGUGGCUUCUAUCUUCUCAUGUCCCAUACCUCCACAGCUUCCCACCACAAGAAGAGGAGACGCUGAUGGCGUGUGUUUAUUCGGCGUGGUUCUGUGCUACUUCAGACCUUCCGAACCCCAAGCUUGCAGCCGUGCUCGAUAAUUUCUAUCAAGCACUCCACUCUAGCGAUCAUGAGUUCGAGAAGUACUCAAAAGAAAAGGACGACUAUGAGGACAUCAAGUACUCGGUAUUGAAGACCGACAGGAAUGCAAUGUCGAUUUUGAUUUAG